ACGGUUUGAGGAAGGGACCAUCCGGUAGCCCUGAAACACCGACGCAAACUGGUCGGAAAAAUUCGGUAACUUUCCAUUGAAUCCGGUUGGGUGGGUGACAGACCUCCGCAGCAAGGUCAGGCGAAUCGUGACAGCAGUAAAAUGGCUUCGGGUACCGUUUUCUAUUGUGAGCUUUGUGAUGUUCAUUGUACAUCUGACAUGAAUCUUAAGAUGCAUUUCAUGGGAAUGAAGCACAGAAGGCGUGAGGAAGGCCUCAAAAAUCUAAAAAUAAAUGUACCAACAAUGGAUGCACAACAUUCCUUUGGGUCAUCCGUUUUAGAGAAGUACUUCAGAGAUGCGGAUAUAAAAGACCCUAUAAUUGGAUUGAACCAUGUGAUUGAAUAUCAGACUGAAGGGACAUCAAAUCCAUUCUUCUUUUGUGAACUUUGCGAUUGUCGUGGAGGAGUUGUCUCCUUCAUAACGCACAUACUCGGUUUUAAGCACAAAUUGAAUUAUAUGACAAAGACACAUCCAGUUGCACUGCAACUUGAAGGAGUAAAGCUAAAGAAGUUGGAAUUACAUUCAAUAGUUAAAGAAAAAGCAGGGUAUAUUGAAAAGAUUGAUGGAAGCGGCAAGGUGAAGGUUGUCCUUGGUGAGAUGCCAAGUGAAAUUUCUGAAGGAAACUCUGCUACAAAAAGAGUUCCAGAUAGCUAUGAUCGAUCGGAUUCCAGUUUUUCACACCGUGAGAACUUCAGAAAUAACUUUGGACAGAACAUGAGUACCGCAGAUUCAGAUUUCUAUGAGUCAAGAAUAGCACGAUCUCAAGAUGAACAGUUUGAUGCCAAAUUUUCACCAAGAAGAAACCAUGGUGAUAUGGAAAGUUCUUAUGACUCAAGAAUGCUAUGCUCACAAGAUGGGCAAUUCGAAAACAGAUUUUCAAGGAAUGAGUACUUUGGAAGUAACUUUGGUCAGCAUCUUAACAGGGGAAGUUCCAGUUCCUAUGAAUCAAGAAUGCCGUAUUCUCAAGAUUUCAGAUCAUCUGGAGACAUCUUGCAAGACAAUUGGAGAAAGGAUAUAAAAUCUGAAAUGCUGGACAUGGAUUGGAGCUCCAAAAAUACACCAGACGCUGGAGAUGAGUACAGAAGAAGAGAGCCAAUGAGAGACUUUCAGAAUGAUUAUAUUAAAGGAUCUGGUGCUGAUGAACGAUGGAUGCAGAGAGAGUUCGAAGCACAUGGGCCAGAUACUUCCAAAACUGCCUUUGCAAGUGAGGAACUCUUUGAGUGUUUGCAAAACUUUGAAAUUUUCAGUGAUAGCGAUGCAAAGUUUGUCUUAAAAGUUACACAGAGUCUCACAGAUGCACUAAUGGAAUAUCGGCGAAAGACAAUGAAUACUAUUGACCAAGACAGAAGGCCUCCAAUGGAUGAAGAAUUAAGACGACCCACUGUUAUGCCAAAUGAGUAUUCUGGAUAUGAACCAUAUGCACCAGCACAUGAUACAUGCCAGACAUACACUGGUAAUUCAACAAAUUUCAGAACUAAAUAUAAAGUUGGUGGUACCUGGAAGAAAACAGCUGGACUACAAUCGAAAACAAAUGUCAAAAAAAUAGGUUUUCAGUCAAAUCGUAAACUGUUUAAACCAACAUCUAAUACUGGAUCAACAAAGUCAAAAAGUAAUGUUAUUCUGACACCACAUCUGCUUAAGGCUAUUGAUGGCAUGGAUAUUGAAAGGGCUACCAAAACACUGACUAAACUAUCAAAAACCAACCCGGCAUUGAAAGGUUUAAAGAUCUCUUUCUUGGUUGAUGUAUUAGUGGAAGCUGGUGUGCUCACACGUGAAAGAAGUUAAAACUACUGCAGUUGAAGCAUUUCUUCAGGCUGCACUGCUACAAUUGACCCGUGAAAUUCUCAUCAAAUUCAGUUUUUAUAAAUAGCUUAAACUAGACAUGCUUGUUUAAAAAAAUCAUAUUUUUUCAGUGGGGGUAAAGUUUUGUUUGCAAAUCUUUCAAUGUUUUAUUCAGACAUGUUGUUUAAAGAGUACAAAAUAAGCUUUGACUAAUUGGACAUACAAUGGAUUCUGGUUAAUUGGGGUAGCUUAUUUGGGACAGCUCUUAAACAAUAAAAAAUAAUUGAGAAAAACUGCCAUUUGUUCCCCUCAUUUAUUUGGGACACCAUUAAACUUAACUGGAGCAGGAGACGUUCUGAGUAAGCUCCAACUAGCAUCAGUCCUGCGCACUUGUGUAGCUGUAGAUGCUACAGCAUGUUUGAGGGAUGGUUUUUAAAUAAUGUCGGCUGCAUGUACUUCUGUUUAAAACCAAUUGAAUUUUGUCACUGAUAGUUGGUGAGAAAUAAAUAGUAAAGCAACUUGGAAGUGUUUUGUUUACUGCGGUUUCAAGGAUUUAUGCUUAAGGAUGCCAGAAACAACUGGGAGUGAAAAUUACACUAUUUCGCCACCUUGGGAAUUGUAAAGAAUUUGAGUGUAUUAAAAAUCAUCUUGAAUGGUACAAUGCAAAUGAGUUGGAGGAUGCAAUCAUCAAUAGCAUUGUAUGAAGGUUGUCCGUUACCUGCACUUGGUAUCUCUGCUGAUCUUAUUCAUUUACCGUCAAUCGAAAAAACACAGCAGUGUACACUGAAUUAUUCAGUCGAUAACCAAUACAGUUUCAUAGUACUGUAGUGAUAGUGUUCUAAUUUGAUACUUUUUUUUAAAUACCUUUUUAAUUAUUUUCAUGAACUUCUGGCUGAGGAAGCUGCUUAAUUGGGCCUAUAUGUACUGGUCCUUGUGUCCCAAUUAACUAGGAUCCAUUGUAAUUGUAUCUCAGUACUAAUAGUUCAUAUAGUAAAAUAAAAUACCAUCUAUUGAUUAGCAGUGGUUAAUUAUUUAAAAUAUAACGAGUAUAUAAAUGUCAUGUUUUGAAAGUAUUCAUUGUCUUGUACACUCAAAAAAACCUGAAGGUCAGAACUGAAUUACCAAGGCAUCGUCACUGUUCUAGACCUUACAUUAUUGAAAUUUAGUGCAUUCUUGAGUUAUCAAAAUUCAUGUAGAUGUUUGUUUCUGUAAGAUACUUGAAGUCUACAGUAAUUAUGAUCAAUUCAUGUAAAUUUAUCCUAAAUUUAACAUUCUACAGAUUAGAUUUAUUGGAAUAUAUGGAUUUACUGAUUAUUAUGUUUGAGUAUGUUUUAAAAAAUUAAGUCCUGGUCUUUAUUAUGCCCAGUUAUUGAAGUUGAUCAUUAAACGGCUGAAUAAAACAUAUUAUUGAUUU